ACAUUAACAAUGCUACCCGCUAAGAGCAGCACCCUGGCUUUGCCUAGCUGAUCAAGAAGGAAACUUUUCCUCCCCAGCAGGAGAAAGUUCAGUAUCCAGAUUAAGCAGCUUUAUAGACCCCGUCUGACCAUCUCGAUCACCCAUCGGAGGUGUGAAGGAGGCUGGAUCAGCUUUGUCAAGACAACAGACGAAAGCAUCUCAGCCAGGACACUAGUGGGUGUUUAAUAGCUGCUGUGCCUCACCCCAGAGGUGGCUGCAUUUCAGUGCUGGGUGAUCAUCUAGUCUGCGAUACACUAUGUCCAAAGAACAGACUAAAGCGCUCAUGCCGGAAAAAGAGGGACGUCCAGAACUGGGCGAAGUGGAGGGGAUUCUGCUCUCCCAGGCCACCUGUAAUGAAUGGCAGCGGAUCCAGAGUUUCCAAGCCAGGCCCGACGAUCUGCUCAUCUGCACCUACCCCAAAGCAGGCACAACAUGGAUCCAGGAGAUAGUAGACAUGAUCCAGCAGGAUGGGGACUUGGAGAAGUGCAAGCGCGCCCCCGUCCACCGCCGGCACCCCUUCAUCGAGUGGGCUCGUCCGCCCCAACCCUCAGGUAUGGAACAGGCCGAAGCCAUGCCCCCGCCACGGACCCUGAAAACCCACCUCCCUGUCAAACUGCUGCCUCCAUCCUUCUGGGAACAGCAGUGUAAGUUCCUGUACGUGGCUCGUAAUGCCAAGGACUGCAUGGUCUCCUACUACCACUUCCAGAGAAUGAGCAAGGUGGUGCCUGACCCGGGCCCCUGGCACGAGUAUUUUGAGAUGUUCAUGACGGGCAAAGUGGGCUGGGGUCCGUGGCACGACCAUGUGAAGGGCUGGUGGAAGGCGAAGGACAUGCACUGCGUGCUCUUCCUCUUCUACGAGGACAUGAAGAAGGACCUGAAGCGUGAGAUCCAGAAGGUGGCCCGGUUCCUGGGGAAGAACCUGGACCAGGAGCUUCUGGAGAAGAUCGUCUAUCACACGUCAUUCGACGUCAUGAAGGACAAUCCCAUGGCUAACCGCUCCGGCGUCCCCCUGUCCAUCAUGGACCAGUCCAUCUCCCCGUUCAUGCGCAAAGGGACUGUCGGGGACUGGAAGAACCACUUCACCGUUGCGCAGAAUGAGCGCUUUGAUGAGGACUAUGAGGAGAAGAUGGCUGGAACCAAUCUAACCUUCUGCAUGGAGCUCUGAGGACCCUGCCUCUGAGCCUGGCAGGAUCCACCCGGCCUGCCACAGCCACCCCUACAGGCCCCUGAAUCUCUACCAGUCUCUUCCAAGGUGACGGACCUUCUGCCAUGGACCACUCCCAGGCUCUGCCAAGCCCCAGUGCUUUUCUGUGGGGCGGCAUUGAGAGUUCUUCCACUGUAUAACUCUGCCCUCUCUGUCCCAUUUUUACCUCUUCUUCCCUCCCAUUAUCACCUACUACUCCUUCCCUCCUCCUGACCCACCAUGGCCCAUCUUUACAACUGUCUGGAAAAUGGGAGCUAUUUUCUCCCAUGGAAAAUGCCAAUUUGGGCUGGGGGGGGGGGACCUGAAUUCCACAAAAUUUUAAUUUAGAAAUGCUUCCUUAUGGGAGUUGUGGUUUGGGUACCUCAUGCUCCCAUUCUCCUAUAUGAGUCAGACUUCCUGGCUGGACUACAUCUCCCAUGAUAGAGCAUAGUCCUCCGCUCUUCUUGAGUGCAUCAUGGGACUCUGGGCCAUAGUGCAUCAUGGGAUAUGUAGUCUGGUUAGGUAGCCUGAGAGUCCAGAUUCCUAGGUUCUAUCCCUAGGUCUGGGAGGGGAGGGGAGUGGGGUCUAUUGGGUUAGUGCAGUGGUGGGCUGGGAGUCAGGACACCUGGGUUCUAUCCUCAGCUCUUCCACCAACUCACUGUUUGAGCCUAGACAAGCCACUUUCCCUGUGAUCUCCAUUGGAAAGAGGGGAAAUUAAGUCACUAUACUCUCUAUUUCAUGUCUCUAAAGCAAGGUGAUGCAUGGGGGGGUACAUGCAGGAUCACAUCCCCCCCCCCGAUUUGCUGUUUGGCUUGUACUGAGCAUGCUCAGUAACACUGCUGAAGCCAGCUGUCAUCAUUCGCCCACUGUUGCUCCCGUCAUCUCUGCUCUAAAUCCCCUUUUAGGUAAUCUCAGUUGCCAAGGUCGAAGGAGUAACAUAAAUGUACUUCUCAGUUAAUUCCUGAAACAACUGUUACUUCCCCUGUGGGCUCCCACGCAGCUGGGCUGGGGAAACGGGGCCAGAUUUCUCCUCACCACUGAACCGUGCAGAACAAAGUGAUUGCUUUUUUUAAAACUGCCGCUUGCCCUUUCAUUAACCUCAGCUGACAAGUCUGAUCCAGUUGACUGUAAUGGAACAGGAGCUGGGAGUGCAGUUAAGGGUGAUCUGCUUUCUUAGGGAACAGAAAGAGACUGAUCAAAGGAUGGCUGGGGUCAGACAUUGGAUAAUUUGGUAUUAAGCACUUACCCAGGUCUAAAUCAUACGUGUGAGCUGGCAGAACUCUGUCAUUGGGGUUUCUAACCCUACAGCCAGCUGACGUCUUUUAGAAUCCUCUUUUAGAAUUGAUAAAGAAUUUUUUAUCUCCAGAAUUCUUUUUGAUGAUCAGCUGUUGAGAUUAAUUUGUUGAUCUGACUUUGAUUUGGCAGUUGUAAUUAACGCUGGUCCCCCCCACAAAAAAAUCUUGAUGGAAGAGUUUUCCAUCAAAGGUGUAUUGAUCCAAAUUGAAAGGUUUUGUUAUCAGCUAAGCUUUUGACAGAAAAAAAUCUCAACACAAUUCUGAAUCAAAAUGGAGUAUUUCGUUUUGACUUGCUUGUUUCAUGUCAGCUUAUAUUGUGAAAUAUGAAUUGUUGUACUAACUUUAUCAUUGAGUUAUCAAAACAUUCUGAUCAGGUUGUGUGCAGGCUUCUGAAUCAAACAUUUUCUUCUGAAAUAUCCUUUCCAGAAAAGCUGUAACUGCUUAUCUGGAUUUGCAACAAAAUUCAGUGUCAAAAUGUUGGACCUUCCCACGGAAAAUCCUGUUUUCCAGCCAGCUCCAGUUGUAUUGCUUUUAUUUGUAGUUUGAUUUUAUGUUAGUAAUAAAAGCUUAACUUUGGUGGAAGGGGGUUGAAGUGGCUUUAAUAAAAUUUAUAAAGAGGUA